AUGCAAACCAUUACACCAGUAGAUUUGCAUAUUGAUAAUGAUUGGCGUGAUGGUGGCAUGAACGGAUCAACUGUAAGAAAAUCCUCCUCAGCAACUAAUCGUGGAGGACGUCAAGCCUUGCGAAUGCGUACCUGUGUUAUGAGUAAAGUCAAACCAAACAAGACAAAAUCUGCUCAAGUGACAUCAGAAGUUACACAAUCGAAAUCCAAUCUACCCGUUCGUUCCCGAAGUCCAUCGCCAACUCGAGAGCCAUGGGUCCCACCACCAGGCCGUACAACAAAAGGGCAAAAAUUUGCUCCCCAAAGUGCUAAAACACGUUUAGAAACUCCAACGAAUCAAUUUGAUAUCGUUUCCGACGAUGUGACAGACGAAGAUGGUCAACAUAAUGAUCGCCAAUCGAUGUCGAACAACAGUCCACUCCAAGCUGAAAUUCAAACGUACGAAAAACGUAUUCAAGGAUUAGUAGAAGGUGUUGAAAUACUUAAAGAACGAGUAUAUAAUCGUCUAAAUUCCGAUCAACUUCGUUCAGAUAUUGUUUCAUCAUUACGUGACCUUGAACAGUCUCAACAAGCAUCUUUUCAAACAACACUUAAUAAACUACCAUUACGAUCUUCUCGCUCUUCGCCACCCUCACGUCAUAAUUAUCGUUCGUCAAGUGCUGGUGAACAACGAAAGCAUCAAAUGUUACCUCGAGUUUCGUUCGAACAUGACUUACCUCACGAACGACGACGAGCUCGUAGCACAACACCUGUUCGCGGUCCGCUCUAUCUAAAUCCAAACCGUGAACGCUUAUUAAUAUCUCUAUCUCAAUCCGAAGCGGACAUUGCUCAAAUAAUCAAACAAUUAUCAUCGGUCAAAGAUAUUCUCACGAAACUGAAAUUGUCAUACAAUUGCAACAAACUUGACAUCCUGAUGACGACACACGACAACCAUCCCGUUUCGUUCGAAGUUGAACAAUUGUAUCAACAGCGAAAUCAAUUACUACAUUUAAUCGAACAAUUUGAACACUCAAAUAGGAAAUUAAAAGAAUUCCUUCAACAUCAAUAUCAUUUAGAAGCUGAAGACGGUGUCGCGAAUGAGAAAACUGAUGGUAUAAACACACGUUUACAUGAACUGGAACAUGAAAAUGUACAAAUACGACGAUUACUACUCGACCGAGAAAAUGACAAUAUUGCAUUACAGAAUGAACUGGAACGUGAGAGAGCACAUGCAAUUGGUUAUGAUACAAUGAAAACAUCGUUAGAACAUAAUCGAGCUCAUUUACAACGGGAAUUGUGCGCGAAAGAAGGUGAAAUCAAUCGACUGCAAUGUAUUAUACGGUCUUUGGAACGUAAUCGGUCUCAAUGCGAUACUCACCGAAGUAGCGUUAAGCGUACGCCAUCGACGCCUUUGCCAUCUUGUUCAUCUUUGCCAAGUCUCGUGGCUAAAACCAAAGCGAAUACUAUUGAAAAAUUACAAGCUGAGCUGAAUGAUCGUGAUCGUCACAUCAUCGAACUAGAAAAGAAAAUGUACGGGAACAAAAACGAACAACUUGUCGAUGCCAACACAGAAAUCGUUCGACUACGAACAAAACUUGAACAUACUGAACGUUUAGUUGCUGAAUACAAAGAACAGUUACAUAAUCAAACAUUAAAAACAUCCAUUAACAAUAGUAAAAGUCAUUUGUCUGAAAUUGAAUUAGACAAACUACGUUAUCGAUUGCAAAAACGCAUCGAAGAACUUGAACCUCUACCUGAAUUGUUACGUCAAGCUGAAUUGAAGAAUCAAGAUUUACAGGCACGUUUAUCUGAACAAACAACAUAUAUGAGCGAACUCAAAGCCAAAUCGAAUGUUCAAAAUCAUAUACUCGAUCGAUUGAAAGACGAUCAUUUUUCGCCUAAAAACGAGUCUCUUCAACGUCAUUUGAAUGUAUUGGAAGAAGAUAAUGCAACUUUGCUCAGAAAUCUCAAUGCUAAAGAAGACGCCUUGAGAAAUACUCAGGCUCGUCUCAAUGCUAAAACACAUGAAUUAUCAUCAAUGAGUAAACAAAUUGACGUCACCCAAUCUGAUCUGAAAACUCGAGAAGAUGCAUUUAAUUCUAAAGAACGUGCUCUUCAACAACGCAUCAACGAACUUGAACAACAAAUAUCCAAACUUCGACUUGAUUGUACUCAGAUCAAACGAGACAAAGAUGAUGCUGAACGACGUUAUACAUCUCAAUUGAGUGAACUACGUGAUAAACUUGAACAAUCAAAUAAUAAUAAUCGUUCCAUACAAAGUUACGUGGAUUCCUUGAAAACAACGUAUGCUACUGUGUUCAACGAUAACUUUCCAGCGUCCUUAACAGGAACUCCUUUCUCACGAUAUACCUCAACACCUAGUGUCAAAGUACUUGUAAACACUCGAGAAUCGAAAUAUAAAACGGUAUGUAUCAGUACAAAAACAGCAUAUUUCAUCAUUCUGGACGCCUGA